AUGAAGGAGCCAAAAGUCAAACCCAUCGAGAUCGAUGGGCGCACCGGCGAAGGCGGCGGGCAACUAGUGCGAAUCGCCUGCUCGCUCGCUGCUGUCGCGACCUUGCCCAUUCGCAUCACGAACGUCCGGGGCAACCGGGAAGGGCCCCGCGGCGGAGGCCUCAAAUCACAGCACGUGUCGUCCAUCGAAUGGCUCGCGCAGGCAACAGACGCCGAGGUGAGUGGGCUAGCAGUAGGGAGCCACACGCUCGAGUUCCGGCCGCGGCGCAAGCCGUCGGAGCUGGCGGGGCGCUCGUUCAAGAUCCGCGCCGACUCGGCCGCCGCGAGCACGCUGCUCAUCUUUCAGGCCGUGUUCCCGUUCCUGCUGUUCGCCGGCGGCAACGGCACGUCCCCGACGAAAAGGGACCUCGACGGCGAGCAGCCCCCGUACACCCCCAUUAACCUCGAGAUCUCGGGCGGCACCAACGUGUCGUGGUCACCGUCGUUCGAGUACCUGGACCAAGUCCUGCUGCCGGCGCUCGAGAGCGCCUUCGGCGGUGGCAGCAGCAGCAGCAGCAGCUGGCGCGUCGAGCGGCGGCUGCUCGCGCGCGGGUGGUCGGCAGGAAAACCGUCACGGGGCAGCAUCGCGCUGCGCAUCCACCCGCUGCGGUGCGGCGAGACGCUACGGCCGCGCGACACGGGCGGCAAGAAGAAGAACAAUACCUCUAGGCGGAAUGGUAGUGGCUGCCAUCGUCUGACACUAGCCUCCGAGGAGCACGACAUCACGGCUAUCGACGUGUCCAUGGUGGUGCCGGCCGACAUGCACGAACCGCUGGCCGCGGCGCUGGUGGCCGACCUGGGCGAGCUGUUCCCCGAGGUUGAUGUUGAUGACAUCCACUUCAAGCUGGUCGAGGACAGCGGCGCCGACGCGCGUGUCUACGUACUACUGGUGGCGCGGUCGGCGACACUGCGGUGGGGCCGCGACAUUCUGACAUCGAUGCCCAAGCCGUCGGUGUCCAAGGGAAGCGGUAGCAGAACCAGCAGCAAAAAAAAGGUCAGCGCCGACGUCUCGCGCAAGGUGACUAAGAGUCUGUACGACGAGGUCAUGGAGGGCGGUGCCGUGGACGAGUUCCUGCAGGACCAGCUAGUCGUGUUCCAGGCGCUGGCCGAGGGGCUGACGUCGUUUCCGCGCGGCGGCAGCAGCGGCGGCACCGAGAAACUGGAGGCUGCCAUGGAGGACCUCGCGAUUGGCGACAAGGACAUGAAGCAACAGCCGCGCCUCCGCCGCGACAAGAAGACACACAAGCCGUUUGGCGAGGGCAGCACGCAUACGACGACGGCGCGCUGGGUGGCGGCCGAGAUGCUGCCAGCGGCCAAGUGGUUCAACGACGGCCGCGUGUGCGGGGGCGUCGCCAUGCGUCUGCAGCGGGCCGAAAAGGACGGCAGGUCCAAGUAA